AUAAAAGGAAGAUGGCGAUUUCGCUGAUGUCGGGAUUGUAUCUCUUGUCUGUAAUUGGUACAGGUUAAUAUUUAUAUUGACUAUUGUGGUUUCAUUAAGUGGUAAUUUUAGUGAAAAAGUGAAAUUUACUUGAAAUAAAAGUUAAAAUUUGAAAAUUUUCUGGACAUAAAAUGGAUGUAAAUAACAUCGCAGAAAUAAAAGAUGGCGAUCCUGCCCGACCACUUUUAGUGGUUGAAGCGCCACCUAUAGUUGAGGUAUCAAAACCGAAGCAUGAAACGAAUUUCAAAAAGAAGAGAAGGCGCGGGAAAACUAAACGCAAAAUUAUGAAACCGUUUUCAAAAGUUCCGUGGCAAGAACGUAGGAAGAACGAUCAAUCUAAAAGAAUCAAUAGAUUUCGUAAAAUUGUUUUGGCCAAAACUCAAGCACCGUUUAACAACAAUCAGUUUCUGAUGGAAAUUCAUAAACCGGAGCCCGAAAACAAUUUCCAUAAUUUAAGAACACCCUCCGCACGUACCCGUGAUUCGAGUUUCAGCGUUGAUUCUGAAGAUAAUUAUUUCUUUUCGCUGCCGGAAGAUGAAGAAGAAUAUUUGACAAAAGAAUUUUCCAGUGUUUACGAAGACGCACAAAGUGAACGUUUAAAUAACAUGUCCAAAACUGAGUUGAUCGAGGAAUACCUUGUUUUACAAACUAAGUAUGAUAAUCUUGUGAAAAGAACAGAGCGUUACAAAAUUAAGGAGCCGGAAUCGGACAAUGCCACGAUAAUGGACAAAGACUCUUCUACUACAGAUAGAGAAAGCAUGCUGACUGAUCCAGACACCUCAGAGACAUCUGCAUCUUGUUCUACGGAUGAGCCUUCCAUAGCGGAACUCAUGCAACGUCUUAAAGAGCAAGAUGAACAAAUUCGCGAUCUCCAAGUAGUAAAUGACACGUUGAAGGCGGAAAAUGAUCAUUUGCGUCAUCAGACACAAGGUAGUAGUGAAGAUUCGGAAAGCGACAGUUCCUCCAGUUCCGACAGUGCUAGUAAUUCUAGCCGAUGUGACAGCCCUGGUACAGGUCCACCAUCCACAAGUGAAGUUCUUACUAAUGGAAAUCAACUUGAAACAAAUGGUAUACAUGAGAAUACUGAAGACUUACAAUCAAGCACUCCUCUUCUUAAUGGUUACCACAACCCCAGUGAUUAGGGAGGGGAAUAUUAAACCACAAGGAUGUAGAUCUAUCAUUGGGACAAAAUGGAGCAUAAUAUAUCAUAUGUUUAGUUGCUUGCCUUAAAUGUUUAGUGACUUGUUAUUGUACAAAUUUUGAAUAGUUUUUUUACUGUAAUAAUGUAAUUGUGAGAUCUCAUUUAUUAGGAUUAGUUUUGCUGUGAUGUCCCUGGAUAUUUUGUCAGUAGUUAUAUUAAAUUAUUCUAAAAUUGUGUAUAUAUUCCCAGGAUAGAUCUCACUUUUAUAUUUGUACAGUUGUAUGUAUUAAUAGUAACCAUUAAGUUAUUAUAUUUUAGUUUGUUAAGUCAUUAUAUGAUGUGGUUAUUGUUUGUUGUUGAAAUAUUUUAAUUUUUAUUGUAAAACCAAAUUGGAUGUGACAAUUAAUUUUAAAACUUAUUUUUUAUGAUUAGAUUAAACACAUUGAGACCAGCUAUAUCUGUUAUAUGUAAUUAACAUUAUUUACUAGAUUGACAUGAAAAUUAAGCAGGAACAGCAUAUAUAGAACACAAUACUUCUAAAAAUAUAGUACAUGUACCUAUGUAUGUUAUUGCAAAUUUCGAAUCUAUAUAUAAAAGAAAGUUGUGUUAGUUGUACUAUUUAUAACUCAGGAAUAGCUGAGCUGAUUUAAAAAAUUGGUAGGGAUGUAGCUUAGAAUCAGGAUACAAAUAUAGGUCACUUUUUAUCUCAUUGCUUUAUUUUAUUCCAUGCUGAUGGAGUUGUGGACAAAAGCUUGUUAUAAAUGUAAGAAAUAUAAUUGCAUUUAAAACUUUAAAAAUUCCAUGAACAUAAAUGUACUUAUAGGCA